UGGACCCUCCUCCACACCCACUUCCUUCAUCGCCCCCUCCCUCUUGCCUGUACUUGGGCUCUGGCUCUCUAUAAAAGGCGGGAGCGUGGGGUGCCACCGCAGUUCCGACUUUCAGCACCAUGGAGAGCCCCCGUCUUCGUCCGCUGACCCUCUUGGGUGCCGCCCUGUUUUUGCUGCUACCUCUGCUCGGUGCCCGUGCCCAGGAGGAAGCUGAGCUCCAGCCCCGAGCGCUGGACAUCUACUCUGCCGUGGAGGAUGCCUCUCACGAGAAGGAGCUGAUCGAAGCGCUACAGGAAGUCCUGAAGAAGCUCAAGACUAAAAGUAUUCCCAUCUAUGAGAAGAAGUAUGGCCAAGUCCCCAUGUGCCACGCUGGGGAGCGGUGCGCCGUGCGAAAAGGAGCGAGGAUUGGGAAGCUGUGCGACUGUCCCCGAGGAACCACCUGCAAUUCUUUCCUUUUGAAGUGCUUGUGAGGUGUCCUCCCGCCUCCCUAAAUCCCCACCACCCCAAUUUCCCCUGCGAGGACCACACCCUCACCCCUGGAGUUUGCCUUUAGCAACAAAGUUUGCAUUUCCCUCUGAGGGUUAAGGGGCUCUUUUCCUGCUGUUCCCAAAUAAAAGAACACAUUAGACGUUACUGUGUGAAGGAUAAUGCCUUGUAUGGUGUUGAUACAUGUGCAAAGUAUUCUUUUCUUAUUCAUCUGACACACUCCUACGUAUCUUGUAU